AUGCAACAAAUUAAAGAGGAGCCUUUCGGGGAGCAUCAAUUAUGGAGUUUAUCCGAUUGCGCCACAUCCAAAUUGAAUUACUCACAACCGGCAAGAGAGUCAAUAUGUGUUAUGGGUCAACCAUUAGACACUUGCCCAAGGUGCAAAGAAGAAGGGCUCGGAUUAACUGUUUGGAAACCUCACCGGCACAUUGGCGAGAUGAAGAUUCGAUAUAUAUGUGAAAGGAAUUUUCAGGAACUAGAAAGCCCACAUCAUUUUGACGUGCCUUUAUGUCCAUUAUGCUCGUGUGUCCUAUACCUAUAUAUCUUUAACACAAUGAUAGGUGCCACCAAUGCCAGGAAACUUCACAAAUAUGCUCUAAAAUGCAGUAAUAAACACGUUCUUCCGUUAUUGGAUGUUUUUUGUCUGACCAGAAAAGGAUCAUCGAAAUGCCGAGCUAAUCUGAAGUUGCAGUGGUGUUACGGCACAAUGGUAGCUCGAUGCGAGAGUCAGAAAAACCGAGACCACGACUUGUGGUGGGUUCGGUAUAAGAAUGAGUGGAAGCAGCGACGGACCAUGAUUCGGUACAAAAAAGAUUUCUUGUCCCAUCUAAGUGAUUCCCAACGGGGUCUGUUACUUAGUCUUGGUCUAGAAGGUGACCCGCCACCGGAUCCGAAAAAUACCCUGGGACCAACUUUUGACACCCUGCUCUCGCUGAGUACGGAGAGUUGGAAGAAGCGCUCUACGCCUGCUACGCCACCUACGGACAGUGUCGGUAGUGACCAAGAACGGCUACGGAAGAAAAAGCGCUUUAGUAAAACCCCGCCUCUGUCAAGCGAAGCCACUCCACGACUCUUUACGGAACUGCCCUUCAACGACCUCAUCACGGGUACACCUAUCUCCUGGGCCGCACAGGAGAACGGCGACGAAAACGAGAAUGUGGUCAAAAACACGGUCUCCGUCGUGGGACAGGUCGUUUGCUUUCCGCUGCUUUUGCCUCUUCCCCGAGACGACGAAAAACACUUCUGA